AUGAGUUUCCCGACCGGCUUCGCGAAGCUUCCACCUUUCGGCACAGCUGAAGCGGCGGCGUCGGCGGCGGCGGCUGCGGCGGCGGGGACAAAGAGGCGUGCAGAAGAUGCGCUGGAGGGAAGCGGCGCAGGCAGCGGCGGCGCAGGCGGAGGCGGAAGCAUAAGCGGCGGAAGUUCCGCCGGUGCGUCGCGGAGGAAGCUCGAAUCUUCUGGGCUCUCCCCUCCGCAAUUGCCGCCGCCAAAGACGGCGCCGUCGGCGCUGCAGGGCCGUCCGCCGACUCCGCCGACAGCAGCGUCAGCAGCGGCGGCGGCGCUGGUAGCAUUGGCGCCGCCGCCGGCGCUUGCGGCGCAACAACGGGCGGCGGCGCAACAGCAAGCGGCGCAACAACGGGCGGCGUCGCAACAGCAAGCGGCGCAACGGCAGGCGGCGCAACAGCAGGCGGCGGCGCAACAACGUCAAGCCGCGGGGAUGGCGGCGCAGCAACAGCAGCCGCGGCAGCAGCAGCAGCAGCAGCAGCAGCAGGCGGCGGGGGGACUGCAUGUGCGCGCGCUGUGGCUGACUGUGAGCCCCACGGAGCGGUACCUUCUAUUGGAAGACCAAGAGACGGGAGACGUGCUCAUGCCACUCAUCCACAUGCGCGUGAUGAGUGCGUCUCUCACUUGCUUGCUUGGCGCGCUGUGGCUGACUGUGAGCCCCACGGAGCGGUACCUUCUGCUGGAAGACCAGGAGAGACCUGCUGCUGCUGCCGGAGACGGGGGACGUAUUGAUGCCGCUCAUCCACAUGCGCGUGAGCCAUGGUGCUCCGCCCUCCGCCCUCUCUCCCCGUCUCCUCGGCCAACUACAGUCACAAGCUCUCCACGCUCAAGCACCGCCUCGUCACCGCGUCGUCACCGUCUCGUCACCGUCUCGCCGCUUUUGCCGCCGCCAUCCACUAACUUCCCCCCUUUCUCCUCCCCCUCUCUUCUUCCCAUCUCUCCCUCUACCACCCGUCAGAAAAUGUUUGAGGCCGAUUACAGUCGCAAGCUCUCGUCCCUCAAGCACCGCCUCUUCGCCAUCUCGCCCGUCCUCGCCGCCUCCCGGACCGUUGCUGCCACCCCACUCACUUCUCCCCUUUCUCCAUCCCACUCACUUCAAGAAAAAAUGUUUGAGGCCAAUUACAGUCGCAAGCUCUCGUCGCUGAAGCACCGUCUGGUUACCAUCUCGCCCGACCUCGCCGCCUCCGCCGCCGCCGCCUCCGCGCUGCCGUCCCCGCCCGCCCUGCUGCAGGGCUUCCUGUACUGGCGCUGGGCGUUUGAGAGCCCGCACGAGGUGAAGGUGUUGGUGCGCAAGAUGCUGGGCGAGGAGAACACCCCUCAGGGCCACCUGCGUCUCAUUCUCGUGCCCAUUGUCUACAACGCCAUGGCUCUUAAAGAGAACCUUAGGAAGACGCCCUUCUUUGCGAAGCUAGAGGCGGCUCUGCGCGUGUCCUCCUACUGGCAGCUGCUCAAGCCACAGACCGGGACGGUGGCCAAGUACUGUGUCUCUUACUCCGCUGCUGAAGAGGCUGAGAAGAGGUACGAUGCAAUUGCUUAUUUCCUUCUCUCCCCAGUUCCUCUUUCCCUCUCGCUCCUCUCCAACUUCUCUCAUCAACAAUCAGCGCUUGUAACUUACACCUCUCUCUCCUCCCUGCUCUCCCUGCUUUCCCCGUCCCCCGUUGUCCCCACCUUUCCCCCUCUCAACCCACUCGUCUCCACCACCCCCUCCCCCACAUGGCAGCAAGCAACGGUCAACGAUGGGUAA